UCAGAAUCAUGCUGAAAGCUCAGAUGAAGUCUGAUGGACAAACGGGCACUAAGAUCCUCCUGGAGGCGAUGUACAGAGACAAAGUCCACCUCGCCAAGUUCGUGCUAGACGCGCUGGAUGGAGAAAUCGUGGACUUCAAAACAGAGGGCGCACAGACUCCUCUAAUUGCUUCCAUCUUGCUACCUGAUCGUCCGACCCGGUGUAAGUUUAUAGAGCUCCUCCUGCAGAGAGGAGCCAAUGUGAACAGUCAGGACGGAGACGGACGCACCGCUCUCAGUUACGCCUGUGAGAGAGGCUGUCUGGACGCUGUAAAGAUCCUAGUCCGGAACAACGCCGACCCAGAGAUUGUGGACGCAUGGGGGAACACUGCGCUCAUGUAUGCAGCAGUGGCAGGUCAUUCAGCUGUGGUUGAGUUUCUGGUGAGAGCGUUCAAGAGGCUGGGUCUUCAGGUAGACCGUCAGAAUAAAGCAGGAAACUCAGCAGUGGAGGUGGCGAAGUUUCUUGGUCACACAGAGUGUAUCUCUGCGCUCACUUACAGCUCCAAGAAAACCCGUGAGGUAGAUGGAAGUAGUUUCAGUUGCGGGAAUAAAAAUGAAAAGUUUGAAAUUAAACUUGGACAUGUAUUGAACAAACUUGGGGCUAUCCAAACGUGUAAUCACACAAAUUGUCAUUUGGUUCAAAAAUGCAUCUGGAAAGCAAGGCCUCGGAUAAAGCAGAAUCGGCUGUCAUCGAUGGGCUCCAUAGAAGAGGUUGAAAGAGAGGAUGACCUUUCCUUUUCGCCUUCAAAUGAGCAAGUCUUCUCCGGGGUCCUCACCCCUAAACCCCCUCCACGGUCUUUCCACCACUCCCCAAUCUCUAAGCAGAGAGAGGUGGAAGGAGUGACCACCUCUGGUGAUUCCCUCCGUCCUCUGAUACAAAGCGGUGAGGCUCAAAACCCCGUUUUCUUCUCACCCCGGCCAAGCAGAAACUCUCCAAAACGCAGCACUGCCUCUGCUCUUGGCAUCUUACUGACCCCCAUACUUACCAACGAAAGUGACAAUAAACCAGAUACUGAUAAAUCCAAGAAGCCAGACUUCCGUGUGAGGAGAUUUCACGAGAGCUACUAUCAGAAAAGAUGUAGUCUGCCAACCAGUAUCCUUAGCCCCACUCCUCCGGAGCGCACAUUGGUGCCUUUGCGUAAAUCCAGAACCGUGAGGAGGCGCGAAGCUUCUCCAUGCAGGGCUGAGCAUCUUGAAAGUGCCACAUCAACCACGACAUUUUCUGCGUUGAGCAGCAAACUAUUUCGCAGAUUUACUUCCCCGGAGUUUAAAGGGGACGUGAAGGAGUUUGAGCCGGAUCCGGUGUUGAUUUCAGGGAGAAUGCCGCGAUCGGAAACUUUCCCACAGAUCAUGAAACAUCCAAAGGUGGGCAGCAAAUCCAGCGUCGACAGCAUCAGCUCAGUCCAAUGCGAGUUUGACUUUCACUUCAGGAUGCCAUAAAGAAACUACUGUGCGUCAUGCGUAAAAAGUGUUCUCCAAACUCUCCCUUUACUUUCAGACCCAUUCAUACCAGAAAGAAAUCGAGCUACACUUUCAGAUUCAUACCAAAAAGUGUCCGUGAUCGUCACUGCUUUCUCUGCACAUGAACAGAGCAUCCAACAUCAUCAAUGUCUUAUCUUGUCCUUACCGUAAAACAACAAAAUGAUCAUUUGAAAAAGUUUUUCCAAUUGUAAUAUCCUGACGCCAUCAAUCAGAGGACACAGUAAGGGGAAAUUAAUUUUAAACAAGUCUGAAAAACUGUUAAAACAACAAUUCAAAGUUGUGUAAGCUGUGUGCGUAAAGCCAUCGAGCAUCCAGUCUGAUACUGCGGCAGCUUCAGACUGAAAAUCGGUAGAGAAGAAGUCUAACUUCUAGUUUAAGUGUGAAUGGUGUAAAGCAGCAUACGCCACUCCUUUUGGAGAGGGUGGGGGUUAAAUGGAAGGUGGAUGACUGCAGGGCAAUGAAAAACAAAUGAUAUUCUAAAAAGUGUUUACUUGUCCUGUGCUCAACCCCUUCAACUGUUUCUAUUUUCAGCACAUCUGUGUAAUAGUCAAUUGUUGAUUUUGAUGGUUGCAGUGAAUAAAUGUUUACUUUUUGAAUUUAUCACGGUCUGUUGUUGGAUUUAUGUG